AUGGGAAAUCAGUGGGUUUGGGGGCUUCAUCUCGUUUUCUUAAGCAUGUUUUUGGUUGCAACCAAACAUACUUGUCUGGGUGCUCAAAAUUCGACAAGAAGCUGCCAUGAACGAGAGAGAUUAGCACUACUCGAGUUCAAACACAGCGUCAAAGAUGACUUUGAAAUGCUCUCAUCAUGGGUUGGCAUUGAUUGUUGCUCAUGGAAAGGAGUCCACUGUGAUGGUGUCACCGGAAGAGUUGUCGGUCUUCAUCUCAGAGGAGAUUUCAGCGACUAUGAUUACCACGAAUACGGUUACUACUUAGAUGGUGACUAUGAUUACCACGGAGACGGUUACUACUUAGAAGGUGAUAAGGUGAACGCAUGUUUGGCUGAGUUAAGACAUCUGCAACAUCUGGAUUUAAGCGGAAAUUAUUUUAAAGGAAGUCAGAUUCCGGAAUUCAUUGGAUCCUUCAAGCAACUAAGUUACCUCAAUCUCUCUUAUGCAGGUUUUAGUGGUAUUAUUCCCCAUCACAUUGGAAAUCUCUCCAAUUUGAAGGUUCUUGAUCUUCUUUCAGUUGAUGUGUGGCAGAUCAUGUCAAAUGAUAUGGCAUGGGUUUCUGGCCUUUCCUCACUUGAGCAUCUUGACUUGAGUUUCGUAUCUCUUUAUCAAGCAAACAAUGUUGAUAUGGUAUUUUACAUGAUUCCUUCAUUAACAUAUCUAAGCUUGAGUGAGUGUGGACUUACUAAUGCUGAUCUUGGACUUCAUCUUAACUCAAGUAAAAUACUUCCCAACAUUGAACAUUUGGAUCUUAGCUCCAACAGCUUUGAAGGUCAACUCCCUCACUUUUUUCAGAACUUGACAUCCUUAACCUUCCUUGAUCUUUCAGACUAUAAUCUUAGUCUGGCAUGGAACUCUCUGCUAAACAUGAUCCCUUCUUUAUUAGGAUUAGGUUUGUCAGAGUGUGGGCUUCGCAAUGCCCCCUUUUCUCCCACUUAUUUGAAUUCCAGUGCCCAUUCUAACAUACAAUAUCUUGAUCUUAGCGAUAAUUCAAUUGAGGGUAGAUUUCCAUCUGAAUUAGUGAACAUCACUUCCCUAAAAGUCCUUGACCUUUCAUCAAACAGUUUGAACUCAUCAAUUCCUGUCAUGCCGAACCUUCUAACGCUUGAUGUUUCUGGAAAUAAGUUUGAGCACAUCGAGCUUGUUGGGAUUUGGAGACAAUGUCAUCUGAAGGAAUUGAGCGUAACUGGUAAUCAUGUUGGAGGAGAAAUGAUAGGCCCAUCAUCAAACACGUCUGAAUGUUCCCACUAUGCUUUAGAGGUGUUGGAAGCAGACGAAAGUCAAUUAAACGGUUCGAUUCCAGAAUCUGUUGGAAAACUAAACAAUUUAAGAGUUGUUGGUUCAAUCCCAAAAUCUUUGGAGAGAUUAAGAUCUUUAGAAGCAUUAUAUCUGUCUAAAAACAAAUUAACCGGCUCAGUUCCAACAUUCCAUGGAAACCUUACCAAACUUGACCUUUCUUAUAAUCAAUUUAGCGGUUCCAUCCCAGAAUCGUUGGGAAGAUUAACAGGUUUAACUCUUUUAAGUCUGGAAUCAAACCUGUUAACAGGUCCAAUCCCAGAAUCAUUGGGAAGAUUAACAGGUUUAACUCUUUUGAAUCUGCAAUCAAACCGGUUAACAGGUCCAAUCCCAGAAUCAUUGGGAAGAUUAACAGGUUUAACUCAUUUAUAUCUGCAAUCAAACCUGUUAACAGGUCCAAUCCCAGUUACAGUUGGGCAACUCACCAAACUCGUUGAAUUAGAUGUCUCUCAUAAUUCUUUAGAAGGAGUGGUUUUGGAAUCCCAUUUUUCUAACCUCUCGAUGUUGCAGAGGUUGGAUACAACUGGUAAUCAUCAGUUGCUUAUUAAUAUCUCAGAUGAGUGGUUUCCUCCAUUCCAACUGAAGAGUGUUGGACUUGGUCCUUGCAAGACUGUAAAUGGAUUUCCAGAGUGGUUGCAAAAUCAAAGGAAGCUUGAGCAGUUGGUGUUGUCUAAUGCUAGCCUAUAUGGACUUGUACCAACAUGGUUGCGGAAUAUGUCCAUGCUUUCUGCAUUAGAUCUAUCCCACAACAAACUCAUUGGAUCUUUGAUAAACCUUCCAUUUAGCGAGUAUACCAGGGAAUUAAGUCUACAAGACAACCUUUUCAAUGGGUCAAUUCCAAGGUCAGUGUGUAGAGUUACAAGCUUGGUAAUUCUCGAUGUUUCCAGCAAUCGGUUAUCUGGAAAUAUUCCUGAUUGUCUAGAGAAUCUACAACACAUGACAAUGCUUAUACUUAGUUCAAAUGGGUUGUUUGGAGUCCUCCCAAGUUCUUUAGGAAGUAUUAAUUCAUCAUUAAGAUGGUUAAAACUGAAUGACAAUAACUUCAAUGGCCAAAUACCACAAGACUUGAGAAAGUUGAGAAACUUGGAAGUUUUGGAUUUAGGCAAUAACGAAUUCUCAGGAAACAUACCAAAAUGGAUUGGAGAUAAACUUUCAGAAUUGAGGAUUCUGAGGUUGCAUAAAAACAACUUCACAUGA